CUUAGCACAAAUCAGCAUCCAGUUCAGUGUCUGGAACCGCACAGUUGCGCAUCGUGGUUUCGCUAACCAGUUCGUCGUUGAGUCGCAAUGAAGUUUUUUAUCUGUCUGUCGGCGCUUUUGUUGGUUUCGGCAAAUGCCGAAUCAGAGCAGAAGAAGUCCGCAGCCGAUAGUAAGGCCGCCGUCCCGCUCGAGAAGAAGCUGGACAAACGGGGCCUGCUGAGCCUCGGCUAUGGCUACGGUAUUAACGGGCUGGACGUAGGCUACAUCGGUGGUGGCCAUCUUGGCGGUGCGUACCAUGAGGCACAUGACCAUCACUACGGGCAUGGUGUGUAUCUUGGUGGCCACACGGAUGUGACCAAGACGGUAACGCUGGUGAAGGGUGUCCCGGUACCGUACACGGUUGAGAAGCACGUCCCGUACACCGUGGAGAAGCAUGUCCCCUAUCCAGUGAAGGUCCCGGUACCGCAGCCCUACGAAGUAGUCAAACACGUCCCAGUCCACGUCAAGGAAUACGUUAAGGUGCCCGUCCAUGUGCCGCAGCCCUACCCGGUUGAGAAGAAGGUGCCCUACCCGGUCCAUGUUCCGGUCGAUCGUCCCUACCCCGUCAAGGUGUUCGUGCCGCAGCCCUACGAAGUGACCAAGCACGUCCCGUACCCAGUCAAGGUGCCAGUCCCGCAGCCCUACGAAGUUACCAAGCACGUGCCAGUGCCAGUGAAGGUGGAAGUGCCUGUCCCAGUGCCGUACACCGUCGAGAAGAAGGUCCCGUACCCGGUGAAGGUCCCGGUCGACCGUCCCUAUCCCGUCCAUGUGCCAGCUCCCUACCCCGUUGAGGUGGAGAAACCCGUGCCGUACACCGUCGAGAAGCCAGUCCCGUAUGAGGUGAAGGUCCCGGUCGAUCGUCCCUACCCCGUGCCGGUGGAGAAGCCCGUCCCGUACCCGGUCAAGGUGCCCGUCCCGAAGCCGUACUACGUCGAGAAGCACAUCCCGUACACGGUCGAGAAGCCCGUCCCGGUCCCAGUGAAGGUUCCGAUCGAUCGCCCAUACCCCGUCACGGUUGAGAAGCACAUCCCGGUGGAGAAGCCCGUCCCAGUGCCGGUAAAGGUACCAGUCGCUGUCCCAGUCCCGGUACACCACGACCAUCACCAUCAUCAUCUGGAGCAUCUGCAUGAGCCGCACCACCAUCAUCAUCAUGACGUGAGCUACACCAGCUUCAGCGGCUACGGACAGGACUACAGCUACCACCAUUAAGAGAGGGUGUGGAAAGUAGAUGUUGGUAGAUCUUCUGUAACAUACAUCUGGUGGAUCCUCGAGUACGGGGACCUCUGCACGUUUCUAGAAACACGACGCACCCGUCACAGACGUUAUGGAGCACCUUCCCAAUGCUCUCGGGGUCUCUCCGAAUUUCGGGAGAUGUUUCGUUCUUAAAUAGCUAUUAUCACCAUCGAUCACCAUCACACUCACACAAACACUCUAUCUCUCCUUUCGCUAUCCAAUCGAAUAACCUCAAUCGUCAUACUCAGUAGAGAAAAGACACUUUCUCACAAACACAUACACACAAAAAACACAUUCGAUCGAUUGGGAUCGACAGUUGUGCACCGAUGUGAUAAUGUACAUGCACUGCCCUUAUGAUUUUUUGUUUCUACUUCGUUCCUUCUUUCCGCACUGGACGGAAUCAUAGGUACCGAUACGCACACCGUAACAAACUGGCCCAACAAACGUCAGCCUUGUCCAAAUGCACGCCUUUGCUCGCUCGUUUCCCACCAAAUUUUGUGCGAGAAAGGUGCUGCUGUACAGAAACGAUCGAUUAGAACCAAAAUUAAGGUAGUUUUGGAUCGCUUUAUUUUUACUCCCAACGGGGGAGCAAACAGGGGAGCCGCAACGCUCAACAACAAAGCUUUUUUGACAUUUUUGCGAAAAAAUAGCCAAAAAACAUGAUUUUUCUAGAAAAAGAGAAACAUAUUGCGAUCCUUCAGACGACCAGCACGGCCAGUGAAACGCUCCCAGUGCAUCCAUCGCACCAAAAGAGUGUCAUAGGCGUGCAUUUGCUCAAGGCUGACAGCGGGGCACGAUGUACUUUUUUUAUUAUAUUUUAUUGUAAAUAAGACGAAAAAUAAACGAAACAAAGAUUGUUGUACAAAAAAAUAA